GACGGGCUGGCGGCGCCCGGAGAAUAGUGUGCCGAAGCUUGCGUCACCUCUAGACACAUCUCGACACAUCCACCAGACACAUCUCCUCCCCAGUCUGCCUGACCUGUUGCUUGGGGACACGUCCCACGGCUGGUCCUGACGUCCGCCUGAUCAACCAUCGCUUCCUAGAGAACGAGGAGGAAGGCAGACGCAGGAGAUCAUGCCACCGAUGGCCGGACGGCAAUGAGCGGGUGAUGCCGUGUUGACGUCAGAGACGGAGAAGACAAAGCCCCAGAGCAGCUCAUUCCUGAGACGCCUCAGCACCAGCCCCCUCUUCUCCGAGCACGCCCUGAAGCCUGGCUCCUCCUGGUGAAACCAUCUUGGCUUGACGCAUUUUGAGGUCUUCAGACACCUGGGUAGUAGACACCAUGGAGAAUCAGGCGUUCAGCGUUCAGCAGAUCCAACCCAAUGUCAUCUCCGUCCGCCUCUUCAAGCGCAAGGUGGGGGGCCUGGGGUUCCUGGUGAAGGAGCGGGUGAGCAAACCGCCCGUGAUCAUCUCUGACCUGAUUCGGGGGGGUGCCGCGGAGCAGAGCGGCCUCAUCCAGGCCGGUGACAUCAUCCUUGCAGUCAACGGCCAGCCCCUGGUGGACCUGAGCUAUGACAGCGCCCUGGAGGUGCUCAGGGGCAUCGCCUCUGAGACCCACGUGGUCCUCAUUCUGAGGGGCCCCGAGGGCUUCACCACUCACCUGGAGACCACCUUCACCGGGGACGGGACCCCCAAGACCAUCCGCGUGACACGGCCUCUGGCUGCCCCCACCACCGCUGUCGAUCUGUCUCACCAGUCAUCGGCCAGCAGAGAGCACUCACCGGCAGUGGACAGGGCCACGGGUCCUGGCAAUGGGCCGCAGCACGCCCAAGACGGUGGGCAGGAAGCCGGCUCUCUCCCCCAUACCAAGAGCCGGGCUCCCGGGCCCCCGGGCCAGGACUCUGCCAAGAAGAGUAUCCGGGGCAGCCAGCACAGUGAUUUGCUCAAAGAGAUAGAACCUGUACUGAGCCUUCUCACCAGUGGGAGCAAAGGGAUCAAUGGCGGGGGACCUUCCAAGGCAGAGACGAAGGACGCAGAAGUCCAGGUGGACAGAGGUAUGGAUGGCAAGUCACACAAGCCACUGCCCCUGGGCGUGGAGAAUGACCGAGUCUUCAGUGACCUGUGGGGGAAGGGCCACGUGCCUGUCGUCCUCAACAACCCGUAUUCAGAGAAGGAGCAGCCCCCUGCCUCGGGAAAACAGUCUCCUACAAAGAACGGCAGCCCCUCCAAGUGCCCCCGCUUCCUCAAGGUCAAGAACUGGGAGACCGACGUGGUCCUCACUGACACCCUUCACCUUAAGAGCACAUUGGAAAUGGGCUGCACCGAGCACAUCUGUAUGGGCUCCAUCAUGCUCCCCUCUCAGCAGAUACGAAGGCCUGAAGACGUCCGCACAAAAGAACAGCUCUUCCCUCUCGCCAAAGAGUUCAUUGACCAGUACUACUCAUCAAUUAAAAGGUUUGGCUCCAAAGCCCACACGGAGAGGCUGGAAGAGGUGAACAAAGAGAUCGAAACCACCGGCACCUACCAGCUCAAAGACACGGAGCUCAUCUACGGGGCCAAGCACGCCUGGCGGAACGCCUCCCGCUGCGUGGGCAGGAUCCAGUGGUCCAAGCUGCAGGUGUUCGAUGCCCGCGACUGCACCACGGCUCACGGGAUGUUCAACUACAUCUGCAACCACAUCAAGUAUGCCACCAACAAGGGGAACCUCAGAUCCGCCAUCACCAUAUUCCCCCAGAGGACGGACGGCAAGCACGAUUUCCGAGUCUGGAACUCUCAGCUCAUCCGCUAUGCCGGCUACAAGCAGCCUGAUGGCUCCAUCCUGGGGGACCCAGCCAAUGUGGAAUUCACAGAGAUCUGUGUGCAGCAGGGCUGGAAGCCCCCAAGAGGCCGCUUCGAUAUCCUGCCACUCCUGCUCCAGGCCAACGGCAACGAUCCCGAGCUCUUCCAGAUCCCCCCAGAGCUGGUGUUGGAAGUGCCCAUCAGGCACCCCAGGUUUGAGUGGUUCAAGGAUCUGGGCCUGAAGUGGUAUGGCCUCCCCGCUGUGUCCAACAUGCUGCUGGAGAUUGGCGGCCUGGAGUUCACCGCCUGUCCCUUCAGCGGCUGGUACAUGGGCACAGAGAUUGGCGUCCGCGACUAUUGUGACAACUCUCGAUACAACAUCCUGGAGGAAGUGGCCAAGAACAUGAACUUGGACAUGAGGAAGACGUCCUCCCUGUGGAAGGACCAAGCACUGGUGGAAAUCAACAUUGCUGUUCUCUACAGCUUCCAGAGUGACAAAGUGACCAUCGUUGACCACCACUCUGCCACCGAGUCCUUCAUCAAGCACAUGGAGAAUGAAUACCGCUGCCGGGGGGGCUGCCCCGCCGACUGGGUGUGGAUUGUGCCCCCCAUGUCUGGCAGUGUCACCCCUGUCUUCCACCAGGAGAUGCUCAACUACCGACUCACCCCGUCCUUCGAAUACCAGCCUGAGCCUUGGAACACCCACGUCUGGAAAGGCACCAAUGGAACCCCCACAAAGCGGCGAGCCAUCGGCUUCAAGAAGCUGGCAGAAGCCGUCAAGUUCUCAGCCAAGCUUAUGGGGCAGGCAAUGGCCAAGAGGGUCAAGGCGACCAUCCUUUAUGCCACAGAGACGGGCAAGUCGCAGGCCUAUGCUAAAACCUUGUGUGAGAUCUUCAAACAUGCCUUUGAUGCCAAGGUGAUGUCCAUGGAAGAAUAUGACAUUGUACACCUGGAACAUGAAACUCUGGUCCUAGUGGUUACCAGCACUUUUGGCAAUGGCGACCCCCCAGAGAAUGGGGAGAAAUUCGGCUGUGCUUUGAUGGAAAUGAGGCACCCCAACUCCGUGCAGGAGGAAAGGAAGAGCUACAAGGUCCGAUUCAAUAGUGUUUCCUCGUAUUCUGACUCCCAUAAAUCAUCAGGCGACGGGCCAGACCUCAGAGACAACUUUGAGAGUGCUGGACCCCUGGCCAACGUGAGGUUCUCCGUAUUUGGCCUUGGCUCCCGGGCUUACCCUCAUUUCUGCGCCUUUGGACAUGCCGUGGACACCCUCCUGGAGGAGCUGGGAGGAGAGAGGAUCCUGAAGAUGAGGGAGGGAGACGAGCUCUGUGGGCAGGAAGAGGCUUUCAGGACCUGGGCCAAGAAGGUCUUCAAGGCAGCCUGCGAUGUGUUCUGCGUGGGAGAUGACGUCAACAUUGAGAAGGCAAACAACUCCCUCAUCAGCAACGACCGCAGCUGGAAAAGAAACAAGUUCCGCCUCACCUACGUGGCCGAAGCUCCGGAACUUACACAAGGUCUAUCCAAUGUCCACAAAAAACGGGUCUCGGCCGCUCGACUCCUCAGCCGCCAAAACCUUCAGAGCCCUAAAUCCAGCCGAUCAACGAUCUUCGUGCGUCUCCACACCAAUGGGAAUCAGGAGCUGCAGUACCAGCCUGGGGACCACCUGGGCGUCUUCCCUGGCAACCGCGAGGACCUCGUGAACGCCCUGAUGGAGCGGCUGGAAGAUGCUCCCCCAGUCAACCAGCUGGUGAAGGUGGAACUGCUGGUGGAGAGGAACACGGCUUUGGGCGUCAUCAGUAACUGGACAGAUGAGCACCGCCUCCCGCCCUGCACCAUCUUCCAGGCCUUCAAGUACUACCUGGACAUCACCACGCCGCCCACGCCACUGCAGCUGCAGCAGUUUGCAUCCCUGGCCACCAGCGAGAAAGAGAAGCAGCGACUGCUGGUCCUCAGCAAGGGCUUGCAGGAGUACGAGGAAUGGAAAUGGGGCAAGAACCCCACCAUCGUGGAGGUGCUGGAAGAGUUCCCGUCCAUCCAGAUGCCCACCACCCUGCUCCUGACCCAGCUGUCCCUGCUGCAGCCUCGAUACUAUUCCAUCAGUUCUUCCCCAGACAUGUACCCUGACGAGGUGCACCUCACCGUGGCCGUUGUCUCCUACCACACCCGAGAUGGAGAAGGACCAAUUCACCACGGCGUGUGCUCCUCCUGGCUCAACCGGAUACCGGCUGACGAAGUGGUCCCCUGUUUCGUGAGAGGAGCACCCAGCUUCCACCUGCCCCGAAAUCCCCAAGUGCCCUGUAUCCUCAUUGGCCCAGGCACUGGCAUUGCCCCUUUCCGAAGCUUCUGGCAACAGCGACAAUUUGAUAUCCAGCACAAAGGAAUGAGCCCCUGCCCCAUGGUCCUGGUGUUUGGGUGCCGGCAAUCCAAGAUAGACCACAUCUACAGGGAGGAAACCCUACAGGCCAAGAACAAGGGCGUCUUCAGAGAACUCUACACGGCCUACUCGCGGGAGCCAGACAAACCAAAGAAGUACGUUCAGGACAUCCUGCAGGAGCACUUGGCAGAACCCGUGUACCGAGCCCUGAAGGAGCAAGGGGGCCACAUUUACGUCUGCGGGGACGUCACCAUGGCCGCCGAUGUCCUCAAAGCCAUCCAGCGCAUCAUGACCCAGCAAGGGAAACUCUCAGCGGAGGAUGCCGGCGUGUUCAUCAGCAGGCUGAGGGAUGACAACCGGUACCAUGAGGAUAUUUUCGGGGUCACCCUGCGAACAUAUGAAGUGACCAACCGCCUUAGAUCUGAAUCCAUUGCCUUCAUUGAGGAGAGCAAAAAAGACACUGAUGAUUUUCAGCUCCUAACUGGCUCCUCUUGCCCAGAUGGAUGGCCGGGGGGCUGUCCCCUGUGCUCCGGCAGGGGCGGCUGCAGGUUUUCUAAGCGUGCACUGCUGAACCUUCCCUACGGGACCCCAUGUGGCCCCCGCUGUCCCUCUCGUCCUGUCACCGUGGUUGUUCCUCUUCUGGGCCCCACCCCUCGGUGGUUUCCUUGGCCCUCCUGGGUUUUCUCCUUGAGUUUUCCUGCCGCAAUGCAAUGCCUUUAUAAUCCACAGUGGCUCUUCCAAAACUGUGUCCCCCCCUCUCUCUCUCUCUCUCUUCCUGACAAGGGCAAAUCACUGGUGCAUGAAAUCACUGGAACAUGGCCGUCGCUCCUAUUAGGGCUUGUUUUCUGGGGUUUCCCCUGGAGAGGCUGCAGGGACUGGUCAGGAGAGUCCCAGCCAGUCCCUCUGCCGCUGAAGCCCCCCCCCUUAUCCUUUUUUUAUGAUGACGUCCUCGUUGUGUGUGUAUGUGUGCACGUGUGUGCACGCAUGUGACAGGCCUGGGUCCCCGUCGUCUGCCCUGUCCCCUGGACAGGCGUGUUGCCGGCAGCCUCUCAGUGCCCCAAACCGUGCCCUGGCCUUGUAUUGGUUCCUCACGUGUCCAUAACUUAAGAUCUGUGCUCCGUGUUCCUGAAUUCUUAUCCCUGAAGCACCUUAACGGUCCCCGGUUGCAAAGGGCAGGGAGAAGGGAGUGUGACGAUUAAGGGGAAAUCUCCAUCAAAAAGGGGCUCACGGAAUUGCGUGCGUUUAGAUCCCAGCACGCACCAGUGAGCAGCCCUCUCUGGGAAACUAACCCAUCUCAAGGAUUAAGCAAACCCCCUCCCUGAUCCUACCCUGCCCGAGCCAGAUAGGAUCACCUGAUUUGGCCCUCCCCAGAUAAUCCUACCUGCAAGUCUGGGAAGUAAUGUUCCUGUCUUUGCCACCAGGUGACUUGGGGCAAGUCACUUGUCCUCAGUUUCCCCUUGUAAUGUUAUGGAGCUAAAAAAAAAAAAAAAAAGAGUAUGAAUAGAUGAAACUUUAAAGUGGUGGAGACUGGAGAGCAUCUCAAGGAAGAGUCUCAUCGCCGGGUUUUUUGUUUUGUUUUGUCUUGGGUUUUUUUUUUUUUUUUUUUUUUUUUUUCUCCAAAUGGGGACUUGCCGAUCUGCCCUAGGAAGGAAAUCACAGAAGCCCGUCCAAAAGGGUAGUUGGAGAGGGAAGCCAUAACGAGGCUUCACAUAGCUUCUUGUACGGGACCACAACCCAGGGUGGCCUGCCCCACACGCUCUUGGACUUCUACGAGUGAUCCCGUGGUUUCAAGCCUGAUAAAAUAAUUUUGACACGUUAACGAACUUUGACUCCAAUCAAAAAUGGCCAUCAGUCUUCAGUGCGAGGGGCCUGCCCUGGGUCCCCAGGGCUGGAAGGGGAGCCUUCAGACAGUGGGUGCUUCUGUUUGGCUGUGUCCUAGCAUACAGAGAGACAGCUUCGCCUUUCUGUAGGGCACAGUGGGCAUUUCCUGAUGCUCCGCUUGGGGGGCCUGCCAAAGAGAAAGUGCCCCCGACCCUCUCUAGAAGGGACUUAGGACAGGGGGCGCCAAAGAGGCGUCCCCAGGAGGGGACAACCUCGGAGAUUCUUAAAGGCAAAGGGCAAACUAGACCUCGCCUUUCUCCACCCGUCAUUCAAGGAGGAAUUCAUCAGCGCUUCCCUCUCCAGACCAAGCUCUGCGCGUGCUUCUCCGUCCCCAAAUAAGUUCUUGUGUGAAGUUCCUCUGUGCAUCUUCUUCGUAUAGCCCUGCCCUUCUAGUAGCAGGCAGGCAGCGGGAAACAUCAUCUCAUUGUGUCAGGGAGUCCGAAGCAGCGAUUAUAGAACGGGGAUGCAUCUUUCGUCCCCAAAAAGGAGUUUUGUUUUUAGAGUAAACGCCUUUCAACUCCCGACACAAGCUGCUUCAUGAUGCCCGGGGAGAAGACUGGAGAUCGGUCUGAUGUGUUUCUCUCCUUUGCCAGAAUCCCUGUUAGGAAAAACCUCGCUGUUAUGAGCCUAUCGGGAGGCAGAGUGAAGUCCAGGUUCAGGGUUUAGGUCUGAUCCAGGGUGGGUAAAUGCUGCCCUCUUGUGGUGGUUUUUAGUUCAGUCCCAGUAGCCAAAAGGAGGGGCCCAAUUUGGCUUCACAACAGGUGAGCAGAAAGUAGGAUUCACUGGGCGUUUGGGGGUUACCUAGGCUACAGCCCUUUUGGUCCCUCUCCGCCUUGAACUGGCCUGCCGUGGCUCCAACCGCAUUUAACAAAAGUGAGUUUGGCCAAGAGGAAGGAGACAUCCCCAGCAAACAGGAAAAGGUGAAAUGGUCACGCUCCCCAUCUUGACGAUGAAUCCAUAAUCACGUCUUGACUAUGAAUCCCGCACCUCGUGUUAUGAAAGAAGAGAGGUAAUUAAACUCCCUGAGCGGAGGAAUGUUUUCCUGAUUGGUUUCCACAGAGUGAGGCAGCCCGGGACCUUUCCGUUCGGGGAAAUGCUUCGGACUUACCGAAAUGGAGCUUUUUGGAAACGGACCCGAGUCCAAAUGCUAACUUUAUCGCCCCUCCUCCCUGUUUCCACAGACAGCUCCGGGCUGGUGACUUAACCUUUUCAAGUCCAUAUACAGCACCUAUAUAGCAAAGUGGGUUAAAUGAGAUAAAGCCCAUAAAAUAACCAGUUAUGCCUCCUGGCCCGCCGACGCUUUUGAAUUUUUUUUUUUUCACUUCGUCAGUAACUGUAUGCAGAAGGCGCAAUGAUGUGUACAGAACAAUAUACAGUUCCUGUUUGUGGAAGAUUAGAAUCUCGUAUGUGGACACACAAGGCUUAGAAUCAACAUACAUGUCUGGGGUUCGAGAACUGGGUGGAUUGCACCUGCCGGCCUGGGGACACCAGGUUUCGAGGAAGUAGGAAGAGUGGGGACGGAAGGCACAGACUGGGAACGGUAAAUCGGGGCUGGCUUCAGGCGUGGCUUUGGAAGGCUGUGGAAGCUGACGGUGGUGAGGCAGAUGCCUGGCAGGUGAGCAGGGGCCAGGUGCUAGGGAGAGGCGAGGGCAUGUUGAGGAAUUUUGACUUCAUUUGGUAGGCAGCAGGAAAUCCCUAAGAACGUUUUUUUUUUUUUUUAAUGGGGAAAAAAUAAGGCGACUGGAAUUGCGCUUGGAAAAGAAUAUUGGGGCUGCAGCACAGAGCGUGGAUGGCUGGCCUGUUGAACUAUCUGUGGAGUGUUGUGGUUACCAAGACUGGACUGAGGGAACCAGGAACUGGAGACCUAUCUGUUGCGGAGAAAGUCAAGAGUCUUCCCUCUAGGCUGAGCAAGGAGCCUCAUGAGGAAAAAAAACAAAACAAAAAAACAAAAAAACCAGCCUCAUGGGAAAGAAGAGUUUACGCUUGUUGCCAUGAUUACCAGCCAGUGGGGUGAAUCCCUCCAGGCUCCGGCCAUGCGUGCAUGCACACAAAGAGAACUGACCCCAGGCCAGUAGACAUUGGCCUUAGAACACGGGAUUUUCUUGCCAAACACAUUCUCGGCAGCCACCUGCUUUGGACUUCCAAAAGGAGGUCAGGUUUUGCCCGAAGUCCAAAACAAGUGAGAUUUUUUGACCCAGAUCAGGGGUAAACAGUUUCUAUGCCAGGAUGGGCCAGCCAGAUGCCUGGGCCCCUUCUCCUCUAGAACGUUGGCCAUUCGUGCCAUCAGGAAAACUGUGGGGUUAAGAUCUUGUUUUAAGCCGGCCAUUAACUGGCAUAUUUCCAUCUCUGCUACCCUGACCUCUAAUGUGUCACCAUGGCCCCCUUACCCACAAAGCCUUCUGUCUGUACUGGCCGGUUCAUCUGAGACCACCUGCAGGUGACAAGGAGAGAGAAAUAUUCAUCUGGGCAUCCUAGAGGACUUGUCCAUCCUCACUGACAUCUCUCAACCCUUGUAAGGCUUCCUGCAUCCAAAAGUCCUGGUUAGCUCAAGAAUUAAAGGCCAGGGGCUGGAAUGGGGGAAGGGAGAUCUGAGAGCCCCUGCCCUACCUCCCACCGUCCGGGACUCAUCACAGAUGGUCCCACGAACCUGAAUCUGACCUUCCGGCGCUGACACGAACCUGGUCUCUCCUCUCUCCAUCAUACACACCCUGUCCUCGGUCCCCCGCCAAUCCCUGCCCCCAAACACCGAUGAGACUCGGGUGAGUCUUAGGUGAGGACCCAGGUAAAUGUUCACCCCUGGAACACGGGUCUUGAGUCUAUUCCCUAUGACUACUUGUCAAAGCCCCGUGCAAGGGCGGAGGUCAGGGGUAGAUAUGCCUUUGUUUGUUGAGGCGUCUGAGUUGUCCUGGAAUGUCCGAACGGUUCUGGACAAGAAGGACAUGUCUGCCUGGUCCAGGACAGCGACCAUUCUUAACGAGGUGGCCCUGGCAGGCAGGACCGAACAAACCUGCCUUAAGAUGCUGCUUUUCCGUAGUCUUCCAGAAAAUGACUCCAGGACAUCAAAGUGCCCAGCUUGGCUCCCAAGCUCUCAGAGCCUCUGGUCGAGGGCCAGCCAACCUCAGCACUAUUGGCAUUUGGGCCCAGUUCUUUGUGGUGGGGGCUGCCCUGGGCAUUGUAAAGACAGGAUGUGGCAUGUCAUCUCUGGCCUCCACCCACUAAAAGCCAGUAUCAGUCCCCGUCCUGCCAAAUGUGACAACCAAAUAUGUCUUCGGGCAUUGCCAGAUGUCCCCUGGGAGCAAAAACAUCGCUCCUGGCUGCCCCAGGCCUUUUCAUCACGGACCUACUGGAGUCAGCGGAGGACCCCUCGGCCUGAUGGCUUUGUUUCCGUUAUCUGCCACCAACUUGAGACUCCAAGGAUUUGGUGGGGGGCCGGGGGGAUAAAAAAAGUGGUUUCACAAACUCCCUCCCAAGACAGAAGGAUGCUGCUUCCAUCUCGGUAGGAGGCUGUGCCCUCGGCAUCGCUCUGAUUAUGACCCGUGAAGGCCCAAUGCCGUGCCACCCUGCCUCCACCCUGUUUUCCUUGUGUCGCUCUGUCUUGUGAUCGUAGACCCACUCUGGGCUCAGCAGUGGUUUCCUGGAAGGCAGAAAGAGAGAGAGAACACGCAGUUGGCCGCCCCUCCUUGCUGUCCCAAUGGGUUUCCAUUCAGGGUUGAGGAGCUGGGGAGGUGGGCAGAGUGGGUGUCACAUGUCACCAAACACACACACACACACACACACACGCCGUCAGAAACUCGGACGUCCCCCUACCUCUGAGCUCUCGAUGCUGCUAAUGUCCGCCCAGUGUCCCAUGCGCUCCGGCACCUUCCUUUAAGGACUGACGCCCGCCCCACGCUCCUCGCGAGGUUGUCCAAGCCGUGUUCACUGCAUGCUCUCCUUCUAACUCGUCCUCAUCUUCUAACUUGAUGGAAUUCAACACAAGUCUACUUAUGCCUGUUUGCAUUAUGGUUACCAUAUUAAAAAGUGGAGUCGACUUCA